CGACAGCAUUUUUACAGAGCUACAUUGUCAAUGUCAAAGAUCCAAUCAAAAAAAAAAAAUAUUACGACACAAAUAAAAAUGGCGGACGACGACGAAAUAGACGUUCUUGGAGAAUUUACUUUUAACUCUUGCUUUGCUCAAAAUAGUCAAGGAAUUCCAUCUUGCUCCAACAGAGAGGAUACAGUUCAUCCACAAUGGCUUCUGGACUCUACUGCCACUAACUGGUAUGAUAUCCAGAAUAAAAAUCUGCUUAGUGGCAAAAAAAUGCAACCUGAAAAAGUGCCUAAAAGUAAAUCAAUAGACAGAGAUAACAAUAUCAUUUGUACAGAGUGGACUCGUGAUGAAAGGGACAUAUUAGUUAAGGAAAUGGAAAAAUAUGGAAGAAACAUACGCAAAAUCUCACAAACAUUGAAAACAAAGACUGAAGCUGAAAUCCAGGCAUUGAUUGAGGCUGAACAUGGGAUCAAUUUGGACACCCCCACAUUUGGUCUGGAGAAGAACGUAGAUCAUGAGGAUGUACCCGCUGUCGUUCAGGAAGAAAUUGUUACAGAUGACACUCCAAAUAUGACAAGUGCGAAAAAGACAAAGAGAAAGUACACAAAGUCGAAAAAUAGUUUACUAAAGUCAGAAAUUGCGAAUAAUAAAAGUGUUGCGAUGGACAUAGACCCUGGAGACCUGGUGUAUGAAGACGAUUUGAUGUUGGGGUCAACGGAAUCCAUAGGCUCAGAUUUAGAUUUGACCGAUAUAGUUUCUAGGAAUAUAGAGAAGUUUCAGAGAGCCAAAGCUGGUAGAAAAAUGGGCAAUCAUAGGAGAAAAACUUCUGGUUCCGAGAAAGGUAGACCUAGGAAUAAAAGUAAGGAUCUGUUAAAGUCACCUCAGGGAAGGCAGAGGAAGGACUCCAGUUUGUCGGAAGACAGUUUGAGGAGCCCAAAGAUGCAUAUUGUAUUGGGUACUGGACAUACAUUGCCUGUUUCUGAAGGGGAGCAAGUGAUAAAAAUAGAGAAGAAGAAAGACUCAGAAGAGAGUGACAUAGAGGUGGACAUAGACAGCGACAACGAGGGUGGGUCCACCAAGAAUAACUUCAGGGAGGAGAGUCAGGCGGUGAAGGCUAGUGGAGAGGAGGCGCCGAUUGCUGUGCCUCUUGAGGGCAGGAAGUUUGAACCCAUGAGGAAAAGAGCCAAGAAGAUCAUUCUGGACGGCGGCGGCGGCUACACGAUCAUGCACACUGAGACGGGCGACCUGCUGGAGCAGAGCGCGGAGCCCAAGAAGGAGCGUGUGCUCCGCAAGUCCGUGCCGCUGCUGCCGUGUCGGGUCUACAACACCGACAAGCCGGCGCCAUUCGAGGUGUACAUAUACGUGUCCGCGCUGAUCAGCAUGGACGUGCACGCGCACACGUCCCGCGCGGAGGUGAUGGGGCUGCUGGGCGGGACCUACAGCGCGGGGCUGUGGGGCUCUGCCCCCGCCGUCACCUGCAUCGGCUACCGCUGUGCCAGGGCGGCCUCCUCCUCCACACACUGCGAUAUGGAGCCUGUGUCACAGUCCGUGGCGGCCGAGAGCCUGCUAGCGCAAGGACUGUCGGUGUGCGCGUGGCACCACUCGCACCCCGCGUGCGCGUGCGCGCCGUCCGCGCUCGACCUCGCGACGCAGCGGGCGCUGCAGCGCGCGCUCGAGCGCGGGGCGCCGCUGCUGGGGCUCAUCUCCUCGCAGCGCUGGCCCGCCGGCCGCCGCGCCUCGCAGUACCGAUGCAUUCGCGUGGAAGAUGAAGACGACAUAGAACCGGAAGUGCCGACUGGCUUCCAGCUGAACGUCAAACUGGUGGCAGACAUCACGGCGGACUCUCUCCCUCUCUAUCUAGAGGAGCUGGCGGCCCUACUGCGCGAGUGCGAGCGAAACGCGUAUACUGUGGACAUGGCCCGCGACCGCUGUCCGCAGGCCAAUAUGUCGUAUUUAGAUAAAUGUAUAUCGAGCGUGUCACAUCACCUUCGUUCGGCGGGAUAUGCCGACCACGACCCAGUGGUGCCAAGACUGCUGCAAGGCAUCCGCGACAUCUUCAGAUGAUGCCCGCCGUCCUAGCUGAUGGAUCACAAACAAUGCUCAACGGUCACUGGUGCGAGACCAGCUUAGACUAUAACUAGGUUCAUAAUGCUGUAGGACAGACCAUAGUGAUUUGUAGUCAUUCCUUGGUGACCUAGACCUUGGUGCUAUUACCAUGUUCGUUGUAUGACUGUGCCGAUUUUCGUAAGGUUCUGUUUUGGUUAAAUCCUUUUUAUAAAUACCUAAACAAAUGAGGUCUAGGUUGAUAUAUUAUGAGAAUUUAAAGGAUCUAAUGAUUGAUCGGGUGUGCGCAUUCGUGUGCGUGUUUAUUACUGUUAUUAAAAAAAACCUAAUCCAUAGUAUCUGUGCAAUAUAUAUCAGUAUUACAAGAUAUAAAAGUAUAUCCAAAAUAUUUCUGUUCUUGCGGGUAAGACAACAAGUAUGUAUAUAUUGAAAAUUUAAAUGGUGUGUGUGGAAAUAAAUGACUGACAAAAUUA